GGAGACAGUUAAGAACAGCCGCUGAAGUAGCAGAUUGCGGGAGGCGAGUUUCUUGCUAGGGUGUAACGAACAAAAUGGGAGUCGAAAUUGAGACAAUAACCCCGGGCGAUGGAAGGACUUUCCCUAAAAAAGGACAGACGUGUGUCGUGCAUUAUGUUGGCUCCCUGACAGAUGGACGCAAGUUUGACUCCUCCCGUGACCGGGACAAGCCCUUUAGGUUUAAAAUAGGAAAACAGGAAGUGAUCCGUGGCUGGGAAGAGGGAAUGGUGCAGAUGAGUGUCGGUCAGAGGGCCAAGCUGACCUGCUCGCCUGACUUUGCUUACGGGGCGAAGGGUCACCCGGGGAUCAUCCCACCCAACGCCACCCUCAUCUUUGAUGUUGAGCUACUAAGCCUUGAAUGAAGCAUCUCCACUGCCUUUUAUUUCAUUUUUUUGUCACUUCCUACAUUGGAAACAUAUAGAGAAGCUAGGAGAGUCUGCACUUGAUUCUAUAAGAAGAUUGAGUCUAUAGUUCCAACACUUUGGUCAAUAUUUUAUCCAUGAAUACAAUAUCUGUGUUUUUGUCAGUAGCUAGGUUUCCAUCCAAUUGUCGACAGAUUUUCAUGCGAAUAUUCUAAAUGUACAUUUUCCCACCGAGAUGUUUUCAUCAAAUUGACUUGUUGCAGAUAAAUGGUUGUGCGUGAUGAUGUAUUGCACAUAAAAAUAACCUUUGCAGUUACAUUUCCAUA